AUGGCCGAACCCGAACCUUUGGGUUUAUGGCCAGGUUUGGCUAUUGGCUCUUUACUUUUUGUGCUUAUACUUUUGUGUGUUCUCGGGAAUUUGUUGGUUAUUUUGGCUAUUUUGAUAGAAAGGGAUUUAAGGUCUAGGCCCCAAUAUUAUUUGAUAUUUUCUUUGGCUGUGGCUGAUUUAAUGGUUGGUCUUUUAAUUACUCCUCUUGGUGCUUGGACAACUUUAAGGCAAAAAUGGGAAAUGGGUGUCACUGUCUGUGAUUUUUGGAUUAGUGUAGAUGUAUUGGUUUGUACUUCUUCAAUUCUUCAUUUGGUAGCUAUAGCUUUAGAUCGUUAUUGGUCUAUAACAAAUAUUUAUUAUACUCAAAAUCGAACUCCACAACGAAUAUUUACAAUGUUAUUUGUUAUUUGGGUAUUCUCUUUGCUUAUUUCUUUAGCACCACAAUUUAAAUUUUUACAUUUGAAAGAUAAAGGCUUUGUUUCUCGUGUUGAAAAUCAAAAAAUUUGUCUUAUUUCACAGGAUAUUGCUUAUCAGGUAUUUUCAACUUCAACUGCCUUUUAUAUUCCUCUUUGUGCCAUAAUAAUUAUUUACUACAAAAUUAUGAGGGCAGCCAAAAAGCGUUUUCGACGUGAAAGAGAUAGAAGAACAUUAAAUAGAGGAGUUGUUGAUGAUUCUUCUGUGCCAUUAAAAACAAGCAAACAAAUGGAUUUUGAAGAACAAAAUUCUUCACCAACAACACAAAAAUAUACAGCCACAUCGGGUGAAAAAAACAACAAUAAUUAUCCAACGAAUUGUUCGCCUCCUAUUCUUAAUAAACAACAAAAUGGAAGACAGUUUUCGGAAAAUAAUAAUAAGUCAAUCCAUGAAACUUCACCAAAAAACAAUAACAACAAUCCAACAGAAGAAUUUUACCAAAAUAAAGAAAAAACAAAGAAACUUUAUUCAAACAUAGCAAGUUUAGAUAUAGAAGAAACAGAAUUUAAGGCAAACGAAAAUUUAAAAAAUGGAAUAAAUAAUAAAGGGGAAGAAUCUAAACAACAAUUAAUUAAUUUUCCAAAACAUUUAAAAAAUAUUGCGGAGAAGGGAAGGAAAAAAAGAAGUGGGAAAAAAGAAUCUGUUGAGACUAGAAGGGAAAGAAAAGCUUGGAGGACGUUGGCUAUUAUUACUGUAGGUUUUUUGAAUAUUUUGGAAGAGGCGGUUGAGAGGAGAAAAUUCAGCGGAACAUUCUUUUGUUGUUGGACUCCUUUCUUCGUUCUUUCCCUCUACCGUCCAUUCUGUAUAAAUUUAACUGGCGAAAGUGAAUGUAGACAUAUACCCCCUUUAAUGGAACAAAUAUUUAAUUGGCUAGGUUAUUUAAAUUCUGCAUUAAAUCCAAUUAUUUAUACAAUAUUUUCUCUUGAUUUUAGAAUGGCUUUUAAAAGAAUUUUAAAGAAGGCGCUAUUUUUUUCUAAACGAUAA